UGUUGCAGUGAAUGAUCAGCAGCUUCUCUCCUGUUACGUUGAAUUGGCAACUCAGUUCAUCGGGUUUCCAGUCUAUUAUUCUGAAUCGUUCGUGGUUUGGGUCAAAAAUGGACUCAAGAAACUUCAAUUCGGCCUUCAGCCCCGACACCGACAUCUUCUCCUCAUCUCAAAGCAGCAGGCCGCUGGCAGAGGGGAAGUCGGGGCGGGAUGUGACCGCGCAGUGAGUCGGGUCUACGGAUCUCGCAUGUUAGCGUGAGAACAACAACAAAGGGCUGGAGGAGCUGUGCAUAGUACAGAGCAUGUUACUACAUGCGAGCCAGUCAUGCUGCUGCAGGAGGUGCUUUCGACACUCUCUCAAGGUGUGCAAAAAGCCGACCAUAUUGCAUAACUCCCUCCAUAACUGAAGUGACACUUGGAAGUUGGAUUGCCUGCCCUGCAAAAGUGGAUUUGGCCUCUGAGGGACGUCAGUAUGAAGUUACUUCAUCCGUCACUGCUCACCUUUGCUCUACUCCUGAUUCAACUAUCCAGUGCAUCAGGGGGCAAAAUUCUGGUGUUCCCAUUGGAUGGAAGCCACUGGGUAAACAUGAAAGUACUCAUAGAGGAGCUUCAUGCCAAAGGCCACGAGGUCGCCGUUAUCCGAACGUCAGAUAGCUGGUACAUCACAGAGAAGUCUCCUCUCUACACCUCCAUCACACUUCCCAGGCCUAACGGAUUUGAAGAAAACUUUGAAACCUUUUUGCAUCAACAGCUGGAGAUCCGGCUUCAGGAUAAGCGUACAUCUUUGUGGUCUCGCGUCCAGACUCGUAUUCAGAUGGAGCAACUAGUUUUGGACCAGUUCUCUCAGUUCCAUAAGGGGAUGAGUGAAAUGGUGGUUCAGAUGUUUGAGGAUGAAAACCUGAUGAAGUCUUUGCAUGAAGCCAAGUAUGACUUGGUUUUGACCGACCCAGGCAUUGGUGGAGGGGCCAUGCUGGCACGCCGGCUUCAGGUUCCUCUCGUGUUCAAUGUCAGAUGGACCAUUCAAGGUGAAGCUCAUUUCCUUAUUGCCCCCUCCCCUCUGUCAUACAUUCCUUUCACUGCCACAGAGUUCACAGAUAAGAUGACCUUCUUUCAAAGAGUGACCAAUGUUUUGAGUUAUGUCCUUGGGAUGUACACACUAUCACACAUCACAGAGCCUCAUUACAAACCUCUGGUUAAGAAGUACUUUGGUCCUGAUGUGGAUUACUCAACAUUUUUCCUUGACGCAGACAUAUGGCUUAUGAGGAAUGAUUUUGUUUUUGAAUUUCCUCGUCCAACCAUGCCAAAUAUUGUCUACAUGGGUGGAUUUCAGUGCAAGCCUCCAAAGCCACUACCUGCAGACCUGGAGGAGUUUGUCCAGAGCUCUGGAGACCAUGGGGUCAUUGUGAUGACAUUAGGAACUUUAGUUGCAAAUCUUCCUCUAGAUGUCACUGAGGAGAUUGCUGCAGCUUUUUCCCAGCUGCCUCAGAAGGUUGUAUGGAGGUAUAUGGGACAAAGACCAGCCAACCUGGGGAACAACACAUUACUGGUCAACUGGCUGCCACAGAAAGACCUCUUAGGACAUCCGAAAACUAAAGUGUUUGUGACCCAUGGUGGCACCAAUGGGGUCCAGGAGGCAAUUUACCACGGAGUGCCUGUUGUUGGACUUCCCUUAUUCUUCGAUCAGCCUGACAACCUGUCCAGAAUCCGAGCAAAGGGGGGAGCAGUGAUUGUUGAUAUUGCCGUGCUUGAUAGACACAUCUUUGCAGAAGCCUUGAUGGCAGCUCUAUACAAUUCAUCUUAUAGGGAAAACAUGCAGACUCUCUCCAGGCUGCACAAAGAUCAGCCCAUGAAACCACUGGACCGGGCAGUGUUUUGGAUAGAAUAUGUCAUAAGACAUAAAGGAGCCCGUCAUCUGCAGACACAGUCCUACAAAAUGUCAUGGUUUGUUUACAACUCUGUGGAUGUUAUCACUGCUUUAUUAGCAGUUAUUUCUCUUGUAGCAUUUAUUUGUAUUUCAAUUGUAAGCUUUCUCUGGAGAAUUAUUUUUGUUGGGAAAAAAGUAAAAAAUGAAUGAUGUGAAAAAAAUCCAAGUGAAAUAAAGGAGACAUAAAAAUGUAUGUGUGACAAUAUUGACACCA